AUGGCACGCGCUCAAAAGCCUGCGCUGCAGCAGAGACAAUCAUCGACAUUACACUAUCAGACAUUCCCGACUCCGCCGCCCACAUCGCGCGGGAAACCUCCCACUUCGCCCAACCCCUCAUCGUCCAACAUCCAUGCCGAUUCUCAGUCCGGACAGCAAGAUGACACUCACGAUGAGACGCCGCUUCCCAAGGCACAACUGGCCAUCCUCGCUGUUAUAGCCCUGGCCGAACAGACUGCCUUAAACUCCAUCUCACCUUACCUGCCCGCAAUGGCCUCCACUUUUCCCGAGGUUAAGGAUGGUCAAGUCGGCUUGUACGUUGGUCUGAUAGCCUCAAGCUUUGCUCUGGCACAGUUCGCUACAAACUUCUUCUGGGGCUGGCUCAGCGACAGAAUUGGCAGAAAGCCUGUUGUGCUCAUGGGUACUCUGUUGACUGCCUGCUGCUUUGUCAUCUUUGGCUUCAGCCGAACCCUGUGGCAGGCUAUCUUCGCCCAAACACUUAUGGGCUUGGUCAACGGAAAUCAGGGUGUCAUUAGCACCUGUCUGGGCGAGAUUACCGACCGAAGCAACCAGAGUAGAGCCUUUACAUACCUUCCUGUUGUCUACGGAAUUGGCGGUAUUACGGGUCCUCUCGUGGGUGGACUGCUUGUAUUCGAGACGAUUCCCUGGAGCGGCAAGCCCAACCCAUACCCUUACCUGGCUCCAAACGUGCUCAGCGCUGGUGUUCUGCUUAUUGACUUUGUCCUUACUAUGAUAUUCCUCGAAGAGUCUUUGGAGGAAGCUAGGGUUCUGCCGCCUCUCAAGAAGCGAGUUUCUAACCUCUUUGCGUGGCUCUGGCAAUUCACUGGCAACUCCACCAAGCCUUCAUACAUCAGACGCCAUGAGCAGCAUGCCAACUCAGCUGCCCGUGGCCGAAGCGAAGGCGCCGAAGAAGAUAGCACUGACGAUGAGAGCGAUGGUGAAUCUACUCAUCUUCUGGGUACCGGCAACCACGAAACACUCAGCAGUUCUGCUGUUUUCAACCGCGACACUAUCCUCCUCCUCAUCACUUUCCUCAUCUUCCAGCUGUCAAACAUUUCAUACAACUCGCUUUACCCCAUCUUCGCGCAAGCAGUACCUCCUACAGGUCGUGGUUUGUCACCUGAAGAGAUUGGCCUAUCACUGGGUUUUGCUGGACUCGUCACUAUUGUCUUCCAAGUUGGCCUUUUUGGUAAACUGCGUGAAAAGGUUGGAAACAAGACGACCUAUCGCGUUGGCUUGUUUGGCUUCGUCAUUGCGUUCCUGCUUAUGCCCUGGGUAGGGUACAAGGAUGGCAAGAACGGAUCUGGGGAUGCCACACAAGCGGGAAAAGUUUGGUUGUGGAUUGAACUUGGAGCGGUGCUUAUAGUCAAGACUGUGGCAGCAGUCGGCGGCCUCACAACGCCAAACCACGGAGUGUUGGGCACGCUGAACGGGCUUGCACAAACUCUUUCAGCAGCCGGACGUGCAGCUGGACCUUUCAUUUCUGGGUCAUUGUUCACUGCAGCAACACAUGUACAGCCCAAGGGCGAAGCCCUCGCCUUUGGAAUCUUCGGUGGUAUUAGUCUUCUAGGCUUCGCCUUGAGUUUCGGAAUUCGAUCAUCGAGUCUCGAAGCUGAAGGCUGGGACGAGAGCGAUGAAGAUGACGACGCUUCAUCUGAUGAGGAGGAAGUGUAG